CGCAAGGCGAAUUCGAUGGGGGAUGAUUUACCAGAUUGGAGAAAUAAGCUGGAACCUGUGUUUUUGGAAUUUGAGGAUGGUUGUGUUCCUGAGGAACAUUAUUAUCCGUGUAUAAGACGCCGUGAGGAUGAAGAGCCCAAGAUCUCGGCGGAAGAAGAGUAUUACCUCAUGGUGAAAGAAGUCGAGGAUUCCAAGGGUUUUGACAUCGAUUUCGCCAAGUUCCGCUGCGUUUUCAAUUACCGACCAGUUGAUCUCGAUGACAACGAGUUGGCUUUGGAACCAGAAACUACCAGAGAGUUUAUGGACAGACUGUGUCGGAAAUCCCUUGAGCAUUUCAAUGAAAUUCAUAGUACAAAAUAUGAAUUUGUCAGGUUUAUCAAAGCCAAUCAUCACGUCUCUGCUGGCAUGAUGUAUUUCAUUACCUUUGAAGGUAAGCUACUUUCCAAUGAUGAUGACUCAAAACAGUUCCAAGCUAAGCUCUGCUAUUGCGGUGGUACCCCCGAAAUCAUCUCAUGCGAACUCAAACCCUAGAGAAAAGUUCACUCCAUCGAAGCACCGGAGAAAGAAGAUCCCAAGAAACCAAGAUUGACACUUGAGCCAUCUAAUGUCAGUCUAAUACGGGUCUGAGUGGGUGAUCACACGCAAGCACUCUCGUGACAAUUGACCGUCUAGUUCUAUGAUGAUAAUGUAAACUUGAU